AUGGCGCAAGAGGCACCAGCUCUGCUGCAGCAGCUUGUGGAUCAGACGGUGAACACCAGUAACUCUGCCAUGCUGGAGUGCCAGGUUCAUGGCAUCCCCGAGCCCCAGAUAACCUGGUUUAAAAACCACGAGGAAAUACAGCAAGAAUCAGGAAUAAUUUUAGGGCCUGGAAGCCGAAUGCUGUUUAUUGAAAGAGUAAAAGAGGAGGACGAAGGACUUUACCAGUGCAUAGCCACCAAUUUGAAGGGGUCUGUGGAGAGCACAGCAUAUGUCACAGUACAAGGCACAGUGGAGAGAUCGAACCUGGAGCUGAUAACCCUGACCUGUACCUGUGUGGCUGCAACACUUUUCUGGCUCCUGCUGACCCUCUUUAUACGCAAGCUGAAGAGGCCUUAUUUUUCUGAAACGAAGAUGAAUCAUUACCUGUCGAUCAUCAUGGAUCCAGACGAAGUGCCCUUAGAUGAGCAAUGUGAACGUCUGCCUUAUGACGCCAGCAAGUGGGAGAUUGCACGGGAACGACUGAAGUUAGGAAAGUCGCUUGGACAUGGGGCCUUCGGGAAGGUGGUACAGGCAUCUGCUUUUGGAAUUAAGAAAUCACCAACAUGCAGAAUUGUUGCUGUGAAAAUGCUGAAAGAAGGGGCCACAGCAAGUGAGUACAAAGCACUGAUGACUGAGCUCAAAAUCCUGAUCCACAUUGGCCAUCAUCUGAAUAUUGUGAAUUUGCUGGGAGCCUGCACAAAAAACGGAGGGCCUCUGAUGGUGAUUGUUGAAUACUGCAAGUACGGGAAUUUGUCGAACUAUCUGAAAAGCAAGAGGAAUUUUUUCAGCCCCACCAAGGACCCCUCUCUGCAAGAAGAGCUGAUGAAAGACAAAAAGGGUAUCGAGCCAGUGGAAGACAAGAAACAAAGGCUGGCCAGUGUUACCAGCAGCGAGAGCUUUGCAAGCUCUGGGUUUCAGGAAGAUAAAAGUCUGAGCAAUGCGGAGGAGGACGAGGAGGAUGCCGCUGAGCUCUACAAGUUGCCCCUCACUAUGGAGGACCUGAUUUCAUACAGCUUCCAAGUGGCCAGGGGCAUGGAGUUCCUCUCCUCCAGAAAGUGCAUUCAUCGUGACCUGGCAGCCAGAAACGUCCUUUUAUCUGAGAACAAUGUAGUGAAGAUCUGUGAUUUUGGCCUCGCAAGAGAUAUUUAUAAGAAUCCUGAUUAUGUGAGAAAAGGAGAUGCUCGACUUCCUCUCAAGUGGAUGGCUCCAGAAUCCAUAUUUGAUAAAAUCUACAACACCAAAAGCGAUGUGUGGUCCUACGGGGUGUUGCUGUGGGAGAUAUUUUCCUUGGGUGCCUCUCCGUACCCCGGAGUCCAAAUAGAUGAGGACUUCUGCAGCAAACUAAAGGAAGGCACAAGGAUGCGUGCCCCAGAGCAAGCCACCGAGGAGAUCUACCAAAUCAUGCUGGACUGCUGGCGGAGCAACCCCAAUGAGCGGCCACGGUUCUCGGAGCUGGUGAAGCGACUGGGUGACCUGCUGCAGGCCAGUGUGCAACAGGAAGGCAAGGACUACAUCCCCCUCAACACUAUCUUCACAACUGAAAGUGGGCUUCCCCCUGCAUCUGAUCCUUUGUGCAAUGAGAAGUUUCCUGUUCCAAGCCCAAGCUGCCGAAGCACAGAAAGAGUGAGAUACAUAAAUACUUUCAAAAUAAAGCCACCCCAGCACAUAAAGACAUUUGAAGAGCUUCCCAUCAAGGAAACACUUGUAUUUAAUGACUACCAAGCAGACAGCGGGAUGGUGCUGGCCUCAGAAGAACUGAAACGCUUCACGUGGACAGGCAGCAAGCAGAAGUGGACACUCUUUGGAGUGAAAGGUGUCAGUAGGAGCAAGGAGCCGGGGCUUUCUGGAAUAGCAAAGCCAAGAAGUUUCUGCAGUUUCAGUUGUGACCAACUCAGCGACUCCAAGCGAAGAUACACUUACGGAAACACAGUGCUGGAGAAAAUGAAAGCGUGCCACUCUCCCCCUCCUGACUACAGCUCAGUUGUCCAUCACUCUCAGCCAUCCAUUUAAGUGUUUCUGGGCUACAAUUUAUGUAGUUUGCUCUGAAAGUAAUGCCUCCUAUUCUUUUUUUUCUUUCAUGGAAACUAUAACAGAUACAAUGAGAACAAAACAGUAUUUGGUACAGCAAAUUCUCAGCUACAAAAUGUUAUUUUUCAAUACAGUCAUCACCAUUAGUCAAUUCAUGUGGAUGAGCUGGUUGAGACACUUCAUUUUGUGGUGUGACAGCUGUGCAAGGCCAUCUGGAUGAUGCCUUGUCUUUCAUGUCUCUGUCACCACUGCCAAAAUGCACCACCCACUGCCUCACUGUGCUCACAUCCACUGUUUGAUCUCCAUAAAUGUUCAGCAAGCUUCUAUGAAUGUCAAUGGGUGCCAUUUUUUCUGCAUGGAGGAACUCAAUGACACCUUUGCGUUAUACAUACUUUCACAUCAGAUGCCCUUCCAUCAGACUGCCCCUCUGCUGCCAUCUGUCACACCACAAUACAUAUCAGAAUAUUGCUGGGAAGGUUCAACCUCUGCUGCUGUACCACCAACACCCGUCUCUGAUGUCAUGGACCAGCAUGAUAAAAUAGGAAGCAUUACUUUUAGAGCAGUCCUCAUAAUAUGCAUUUUUUAAAAAGAUUUCUCUAAAAUAAUGUCAGUUUAGACAUGUUGACCCAAGUAAUUUUAAUUAUGCUGAAAUUUAAGAGAACAUCAUUGACAAUUUAAGUGAUCUUUUUUUUCUACAGACCACUAUAUACACGUACAAAACAUAGCAAAGUAUUGCUUCGGCCUUGACUUUCCUAAUGCUGAACAGCAAUAGCUAUAAUAACUUUCCCAGUGCUUCUGAAAACCAGAGGAGUCAUCAUUACAAACAAAACAAGUUCACGGUUGGUCCCUUGGCAUCAGAAGAGCACACAAUGCUGCACUAAUCCAGUCUCCAGUUGGGAGAGGCAGCUGGGGUGAGCCCAUAGCAUAAAGCAUCUUGGAAUUUGCACCCUAUUGCUUGGGUCUAUAGUGAGGCUAUCUGUGUAGUGUUGAAAAAUGAAGGAUGCUCAGAGAAGAGAAAAAUAAGAAGCAGAUCAUACACUACUUUGAGAUCCAUUGGGGAAGGCCCUUCCUCUGAAUAAAUCAGAUUGGGAUGAGACACCACACGUCUUACUGCUCCAGAGUACAAAAGAGGGAGGGAAUCUUGCAAAGCAAGAAUUUCAAAACACAGUUUGCAAGGAUACAAAAGACCUAACUAAGAUCAAAGUCAGUACUACGAUAAGAGGGAACACAGAUCAACUCAGUUUGGUCAAUCCUACUGGAAUCAGGUAAAUAUUCCUGAAGUUUUGCACUUUGUCAAUAUGCCAACAUACACACACUGGAAACAAGA